CUUUUUUUUUUUUUGUUCUUUUCAAGGAACAAACGUAGAAGGUCGUGAAUGAAGACAAAACCCGUUUGUUUGUUUUCUUUUUCUUUGCUGAUUUUUUUUCUUUCUUUGCUUUCCACGUAAAUUCUCACAGAAGAAACAUCAGCCGUAGUAUAUACGCGAAUUACGAUAAAUUUUGAUAAUCGUCCAUUUGUAUUUUCGAGGGUGUUAAUUAUUUUCUUUCGGACGGGAAGGGGAAAUAAGGAGAAAGGGAAAAUUUUUAUUAUAAGGAAAAAAGAAAAAAAGAAAGAAAGAAAGAAAGAGCAACCACAAGCACAACGACAAAAAGGUGACCAUGGAAGAGAGUAUAAGUUGCAUGGAAGAGGAAUGCCUCAUCGAGAAACGAAGAACAGCGAUAUUGAAGGAAUGUUCUGAAUUGUUGAAUGAGGACAACCGUUACACGAAAGAAGUAUUCAGGAAAUUGUUCCAAGAUCAGAUUUUUCUCGAAAAAUUGUUUGGAUUGUUCGAUCAGGAUCGAGACGAAUUAUUAAGGCAGGACGAGUGGUUCGAAUUUAUGAAGGGUAGAUUAACAAACGAAAAGCAACACGAUUUCAUCGAUCAAAUCGAAAGCGUAGCGUUCGUUUUGUGCGCCGAGAAACCAUUGAACUUUACCAGUUUCGUUCAAUUGUUCUGUACUAAAGGGGUAGUAGACAAACUCUUUCGAUUGAUCGAUCAAGACAAUUUUGGAUAUGUAACGUCCGUCCAAAUCAUGGAAUUCAUUUACAACGUCAGCAAUCCAAGACCACGUGCGGGCUUUGACAAACGUAGCCUGGAAUGGUUAGAAAAUAUUUUCAAGCAGACAGUGGGCAAUCAAAAGGAAAUACGUCAUGAGGAAUUCAAGAAGAUAGUCACAUCGAAGAACCCAUUCUUCACGGAACGUGUCUUUCAAAUAUUCGACAAAGACAAUUCUGGGACUAUAUCGCUUCAAGAAUUUAUCGACGCCAUGCACGAAUUUGCUGGAAAAUCUGCCGACGACAAAAUCAAAUUUCUUUUCAAAGUCUACGAUAUAGAUGGCGACGGUCUGAUUCAACAUCGAGAACUGGAACACGUGAUGAGAGCGUGCAUGGAAGAAAAUGGAAUGAAAUUCAGCGACGAACAGAUCGAGGAUCUAACAAUGGCACUUGUCGAGGAUGCUGAUGCCUGUAACCGUGGUGCGAUCACGUUCGAGGGAUUGAAAAAGCAAUUGGAGAAACACGAAGGAUUGUUGGAAAAUUUAUCGAUUAGCAUAGAUCGUUGGUUGGUCCCACCAAAGCCGAAAGACAAAAAAAAAUCUUUCCUUGGAUUUUUAAAGUCGUUACGACCCUAUCAGUUAACGAAGCCCUACAUGAAAAAUAAUUACGUUUACAUAGCGUUCAUAUCGCUCUUUCUAACUAUAAACGCAACCCUCUUCGUCUCGAGAAUCUUUCAAUAUCGACGAUGGAAUGGCUACGUGAUCCUGGCACGUGCUUGCGGUCAAUGCUUGAACUUCAACUGUUCGUUCGUUCUUGUUCUGAUGCUAAGGCAAUGCAUAACAUUUUUACGAACGAAUGGUUUCUCAUCGAUACUCCCAUUGGAUCAUCAUAUAUAUCUUCACAAAAUGACUGGGGUUUUGAUCGUUGUAUUCAGUGUCGUUCACACGGUCAUGCAUCUUUUAAAUUUCGGUAUCGUUGUUUUAAACGACAAGACAUUAAACAACGCGAAUUUUACCAUGACAGAAUGGAUUUUCACUAGCAAGCCAAAAUUAUUCGGAUUGGUGGAAGGUUGUGCUAAUCCUACCGGUAUAGCCCUAAUUGUCAUACUCGUUGUAAUGACCGUCUGUUCGCUGCCAUUUGUAAGACGUGGCGGGUGUUUCGAGAUCUUCUAUUGGUCGCAUCUGCUUUACGUACCAUUCUGGAUUUUAAUGAUAUUCCAUGGACCUAACUUUUGGAAAUGGUUCGUCGGUCCGGGAGCGAUUUAUUUAAUCGAAAGGAUACGAAGACUCGCAUGGUCUCGUUCUCAACGUGGGAAAACUUACAUAAGUUCCGGUCUCUUGCUACCUUCAAAAGUAACUCAUCUGGUGAUCAAACGGCCACCAAAUUUUGACUUUCAUCCCGGUGAUUACGUUUUCGUUAAUAUACCAGUGAUAGCACGUUACGAAUGGCAUCCGUUCACUAUCAGCAGUGCUCCGGAACAAGAAGAUUAUAUAUGGCUUCACAUACGAGCUGUGGGUGAAUGGACCAACAGCCUGUAUUUAUAUUUCGAGAGGGAACACAUGAAACUCCAUCGUGGCGACGAUUUAUCCGUCGAUAAUGCUAGUAACAACGUUAAUCUUACACGUAAAAAAUCAUUUCUCAGAAUUAAAUUAGGCAAAGAAGAAAAGGAAGAAACAUGCUCGUUACCCGAUUCACGUGGUAUCGAUAAUCUCGUUUUCGUUCCUGACGUUAAACCUUCACCCUCAUCAAACCCAUCGAUCAAUGAAAAUGGAACAUUUUUGAAAACUCCGGAAUGUACACCAAAGGUGAUUAAAAUGACAAAGGAACCGAAAUUACGUCAAUUUUUAUUGGCCAGUAAAAUGCCAUUAGAAAAAUCAUUUUCAGUUCCUGAUAUGCAAACGAGAUAUAAGAACAAACAACGUUUGAUCGCAUUACGCGAUUAUGGGAGAUCAGAAUCCGAAAGGAGUUUCGACGAAUGUCAGAUACGCCAGGCUCGCAUGAAAUCUUUAGGCAUAGCUUAUCUGAGCCCGCAAAACAAAUCCCUGGCUCAGAGUUUUCGAUACAUGAGAACGAAACCCACAAUAAUAGCGUUUAAAACGCCGAGUUUUGAAAAUUGCGAAUACGAAGAAGGAGGAACGAACUUGAACAGCGCCACGACGACGAUCACAGAACAGAAAAAUAUUAACUCUCCAGCUUCCUCGGUCGGACAGGAAACUGCAGAGGAAGGAAGAUUCAACAAAAUAUUCGAAGAAACUAAAGUAUAUGAGAAAACUAAAACGAUAGAAAUUAGAAUCGAAACGGCAUCGAAUACAACUAUAAAUUAUCCAGUUGGAAAACCAUUAGAGAUAUUUUUGGAUGGUCCAUACGGUGCACCCUCGAGUCAUAUAUUCCAAGCACAGCACGCAGUAUUAAUUGCAACCGGUAUCGGAGUAACCCCAUUCGCUUCUAUCCUUCAAUCGAUCAUGCAUCGAUAUUGGGAAGCUAGACAUACUUGUCCUAAAUGCAAAUUUUCUUGGGCUAACGAAAUACCACCUACUGUGAUGCAUCUACGAAAGGUCGAUUUCUUCUGGAUCAAUCGAGAUCAACGUUCCUUCGAAUGGUUCGUCAACUUACUAUCACAACUCGAGAUGGAACAGGCCGAAUUAGGUAUAGCCAUGGAACGUUUUCUCGAAAUGCACAUGUAUAUUACAAGUGCAUUACAAAAGAACGACAUGAAGGCUGUAGGCUUGCAACUGGCAAUGGAUUUACUUCACGAAAAGGAAAAACGAGAUCUCAUCACGGGAUUGAAAACAAGAACGAACGCUGGCCGUCCAAAUUGGGACAAAGUGUUCAAGCAACUUCAAGAUAGAAAAAAGGGCAAAGUUACUGUAUUUUAUUGUGGCCCACCUCAGUUGGCGAGAAUUCUCCGGUACAAAUGCGAUCAAUUUGGAUUUAAUUUUCGAAAGGAAUCCUUUUAAUUCUAUAAUUUCUUCGUUCUAUUCUUUUUUCUCUGUUUUUUUUUCUUCUUUUUCUUUUUUCAAAAUUACGAUCGAUAUCUCGCUCUCGUAUUCCCGAUUAUUUUUUGAUUUAAAUAAUCGAAUCUAUGUGGCCGACUUCUAGAACAAACACAUCGUUGUAUUUUAUAAAUUAUUAUAUAUAUUAUAUAAAUUUUAAUUAUUUUAUUCUGAUAAAUUAUUCUUACUUAUCCAAUACUUUAAGUAUUCCCUAUCUCUUAAUCUUCGAAACGAUCGAUCUAAUUAUUUUUUUAUAUUGUCCAUGACUCUGGCUAAUUCGUGUAUUACCCAAACGAACAAUACGAUUAACAGAAAGUUCA